CCGGGUUUCCGGUUCGCAUUGGAAAAGAACAAAGCGUUUAAGUGAACGACAAAAAGUUGCUGUGAAAAUGGCUAAAGUCCAGAUGCUGAGAGCGUUGAUAAAUCAGAGACUCACUGCGGCCGCUGAGGAGAUAUUCGGCCUGUUUGAGAAAGCCAUGCUGGAAUACGGAGAGGAGCUUUGUCGAGCUACGAUGCUGACUGACCGACAGCGUCCCCUGCAGGACACUUUCCGCCACAAAGUGUGUUUAAACACUACAGACAUGCAGCAGAUUUUGGUGAGUAGAGAAGAUGUUCCUCCUGAGCAGCAGCAGUGGAGCCCCAGUCUGGACCAGGAGCAGCCACUGCUCCCCCACAUUAAAGAAGAACAAGAAGAACUCUGUAUCAGUCCGAAUGGACAGCAGCAUCAAAAGCUGGAGGAGUCUGACGCCAUGUUUACAUUUACUCCUCUCUCAGUGAAGUGGGAAAGUGAAGAGUACCCUGGGUAUUCAGAGCCUCUGCCAAACCAGACGCAGAGCAGAGAGACCAGCAGCUCAGUGGAACAGACAAAAAGAGCAACUGAUGGAGGAUCAGGACCAGCCACAAACUCACAAACACUUGGUGAUGUGGUAUCAGACUCUGCUGAGUUUCAGACUGACAUUGAUGACAAUGACUGGAGAAGCUCAAAUACUCUGAGAAGCAAUGACGUCAUCAUCCCUGAUAUGACCUAUAGAGCUGGUGAUAAACCGUUCAGCUGCUCUCAGUGUGCUAAGAGGUUUGCAUAUAAAGAGUAUUUGAAGAGACACAUGAAAUGUCACAUGGGAGAGAAACCGUUCAGUUGCUACAUUUGUGGUCAAGGAUUCACUCAGAACGGAAGCCUGAAGUGCCACAUGAGAGGUCAUACAGGGGAAAGGCCUUUUAGCUGUUCGGUUUGUAUGAAGCGGUUUGGGCGAAGUGGAACUCUUAGGAGACACAUGAAAACCCACACAGGCGAGAAACCUUUUUGUUGUUCAGUUUGCGGUUACUGUUUUACAUUAAAGGCACAUCUGACAAGACACAUGGCGAUCCACACGAGAAAGAAAACGUACAGAUGAAGAGUUUGUAGUGAAGAACUCAACACCGUUUAUAACACCAGUGCAUCUACAGUCAGGUCCAUUAGUGUUUGGAUGGUAACACACUUUUUGUGUUUUUGCACAACCACAGUGGAGUUAAAAUGAAACCAGAUGUGUUAGUAGUAUAGACUUUUAGCGUCAGUUUAUUGGGUUUAACAAAAAUAUCACAUUAACCAUUUAAAAAAUGUAGCCAUUUGUAUACCUGCACAGUGUCUCCACUUGUAAAGCCUGUAAGUAAUUUGGACAGACCACAUCAUUCUCCACAACACAAUAGAAUGCAUCUGUUUAGAUGAUUUCUUCAUACAAAUCAUCCCUUCUCCAAGAUGGAUACAUGAGCAUUUUCAAGGCACUAAAUAUUUUGUAGACUUCAUUUACAUCAGUCAUGAAGAAAUACAAACAGUGUAGUACUCUAUGGUAAAUCAACCUGGAGUAUGGGAGGGGAGAGGG